AUGAUAAGACAUUUACUGGACAACGUGGUGGAGCGCGGGAUGCCGCACCAUUAUUCCACUGAGAUGUGGGAGCGCACGCACAAGGGCACGGUCAAGGGUCCAGUUAGAGGGAGCAACUGGAGCGACAUUCCGCGCCGAAUCGUGGAGGAGGAGGUGCAGAGAGAGGUGUACCGUGAGGUGGCUGCAGACGCCGGCGGUGGGCGGCAGUAUGCGUCUGCAUUGCGCGAGGUUGCGGCUUGUUGUGGGAACGUGGUUGUACACGUGCAGGCAAUCAAGACGAGGAAACCGGUGCUUACAAAGAAGUAUCGGAUCAUGCGCAUAGGCGGGGCGUCGGAUCCGGUGUACGAUGAGUACACAGCCGCGCUUGGAGACGAGAUGAAGGGGAUGGCCGCGGAGUUUAAGGCGUUGGACCUGGCUACCAACAACAUGCAGGUCCACACCGCGGUGGCCAUUCCGCGCACAAGAGGCGGCGAGCUGGUGGCCAAAGGGACGUUUGUGAAGGCAUCUCCACGAGAGAGGUGGUACUCGAACGUGGCACUUCUGAACAACAAGAAGGGGGACUGGUAUGCAAGAUGUCUGUGCAUCUUCAGGGCGCUUGACCGUGAUGGGGAGUGGAAGGGAUACGCAUACGUGAGGUACUACGAGAGGGCGGGAAGCUGCAAGCUUACAGGGUGCACGCAGCUGCACAAGAAAGUGGAGAAGGUGAGGUAUUCGGUGGUGGAGCUGGGCAGCCUGCAGAGAGUUGUGCACGUGUGCCCGUCGUACAGCAACAACAAGGUGUUCACGGAGUUUGUGGAGACUGUCAACGGUGUGCACUUUAGUCGUGAUCGCAACACACUCAUCCUAACCAUACACGAGGCGCAUCGCAUCACCGACGAGGUCGCGCGCCCCGUCUCGGAGCACGGCUUCAGUGUGCAGCACCUCACCAACACCCGUGUCGUCAACAUACGUGGCUCGGUUCCCGAAGGGGGCCUUCCGCACCUGCAGGGAGUGGAGGACGCGCUGAAGGCCCAUUACCGCGUUAUGCUGAUGAAGCGGGCGAUCGCGGCGAAGCGGUUCCAGUUCGACUAUGCCGCUUCUAUCGCCGACGUGGACUACGGACUCAUGCUGGAGUGGCUGGGGGAAUCGUGGACCCGUGUGCGCGCUGCAACCAUGCAGAGGAGCUGGUGGCGCGCCGGAUGCGUGCCGCCGAGCUGGCCGCCGCUGAUGGCGUACCUGAACGACACCAGCGCGACGGGCAUGUUUGAGCCGCUCAUUGCGACUUGCGUCGAGCUGCAGUUGCUCAUCGAGAAGUUUAAGAUGAGGCCUGCGUGCUACAUGACGGCGGCGGAGUUCGUCAACUGCGACGCGGGGCUCUGCGUGGAGCAGGGGUUCGUUGCCACACCUGCUGCAAGCGCGUCGGAUGACUCGUCGGGCGAGAUGAGCCUGCCAGACGGCCCGCUGCUGCGGGACGAGCGCAGCAGGCGGCGCGUCAUUCGCAACGUCACAAACGCGUACGUGGAGCGUGCCGAUGAGCUCGGCAUUCCCCCGGCCCUCGUGCCAGCAGAGGUCGGCGCAUCUAACCAGGAGGUGAUUUCCCGCCUCGGCAGGACGCCAGUUAAGCGUGCGCGAGCGGGGCUGCGCACGGAGGACAUGGCAGGCCCUUCGGAGCGCAAGGACGAGGACGACGAGUGA